AGGAGCAAGCUUGGCUGGACGCCCUGUACAGUGUGUCUGCGAUUACAAUGACAGCGUGUCCAGAGGAGGCAGCAGCAGGCAGGCCGAGGGCCCCCCGGGGCAUCCCUCCCUCCCCCUUUGUCUAGGCUUCGCAAAGCAGCCACUGACGCUGGGUUCCUGCCAGAGCUGCGAAGCAGGGCCUCCCGAGCGCAGCUGGGAGAACCGCACAGUUCCCUUUGCUAGUUCCUGAAACGUGCCUGUUCGGAGAGAAGAAAGGAAUCUGUUUGUCUGGCCUGAGUAUGCAGUGUUGUUGUAGCCGUGUCAGUCCCAGGAUAUUAGAGAUCCAAGGUCCCUGCCAGCCUCUGAGGAAUGGCUGCUGACAUUCACAAGAAGAAAGGCUGGGAAGUCCCCAACGGGUCCUUGGUGCCAGCAGAUGGGCAACCCACAGAGAGGUCGGAGAGCCCCACCCCAGGGCUGGCUCAGGGCAUGGAACCAGGGGCAGGCCAGGAGGGGGCGAUGUUUGUUCACACCCGGUCCUACGAGGACCUGACGAGCCCUGAGGAUGGAGACGUCGCGUCCAGAAGCUCUGAGGAAGGGCGAGGGGACCAGGCAGACCAGACCAGCAUAGAACAGAUCAGCAAGGACUUCAGUGAGCUCAGCACACAGCUGACAGGCAUGGCGUUAGACCUGGAGGAGGAGAUGAGGCCGAGCCAGGAGGACAAGAUGGAUCUCUCCCUGCAGACGGCCCGGAGGGACUCAGCCCGGUCAGAGAAGGAGGAUGAGGACGUGACCAUGGAGACCUGGCGCAUGCAUCAGAAGCAUGUGUUCGUGCUGAGCGAGGCGGGCAAGCCAGUGUAUUCCCGCCACGGCUCAGAGGAGGCGCUGUCCAGCACCAUGGGAGUGAUGAUGGCCCUGGUGUCCUUCCUGGAGGCAGAGAAGAAUGCCAUCAGGUCUAUCCAUGCAGAUGGCUACAAGGUGGUCUUUGUGCGCCGGAGCCCCCUGGUGCUGGUGGCCAUGGCCCGAACGCGGCAGUCGGAGCAGGAGAUUGCCCAUGAGCUCCUCUACAUCUACUACCAGAUCCUCAGCCUGCUCACCUGGACCCAGCUCAACCACAUCUUCCAGCAGAAGCAGAACUAUGACCUACGCAGGCUGCUGGCGGGCUCCGAGCGCAUCACUGACAACUUGCUGGACCUGAUGGCUCGGGACCCCAGCUUCCUGAUGGGUGCCGCGCGCUGCCUGCCAAUGGCAGCGGGGCUCAGGGACACCGUGAGCACCUGCCUCCAGCAGGCCAAGGCCAAAAGCCUGGUGUUCUCCAUCCUGCUGUCCAGGAACCAGCUGGUGUCUCUGGUGAGGAGAAAGGACCAGUUCCUGCAUCCCAUUGACCUGCAUUUACUCUUCAACCUCAUCAGCUCCUCCUCCUCCUUUCGUGAGGGCGAGGCCUGGACUCCUAUCUGCCUGCCCAAGUUCAACUCCAGCGGCUUCUUCCAUGCCCACAUCUCAUACCUGGAGCAGGACAUGGACCUGUGCCUGCUCCUGGUCUCCACCGACCGUGAGGACUUCUUCACUGUCUCCGACUGCAAGCGCCGCUUCCAGGAGCGCCUGCGGAAGCGUGGCGUGUCCCAUGCCCUGCAGGAGGCGCUGCGCACCCCCUUCUACAGCGUCUCCCAAGUGGGGAUCCCGGACCUCAGACACUUCAUCUACAAAUCCAAGAGCUCGGGGCUCUUCACCAGCCCUGAGAUUGAGGCUCCCUAUGUCAGCGAGGAGGAGAAGCAGAGGCUGCUGGAGCUAUACCAGUACCUGCACAGCCGUGCCCACAACUUCUCCCGCCCCCUGAAAAACAUCUACUUCACAGGACCCAGCGAAAAUCUCCUGGCUUGGGUGACCAGUGCCUUUGAGCUCUACCUGUGCUACAGCCCCCUGGGGACCAAGGCAGCCGCCGUCAGCGCUGUCAACAAGCUGAUGAAGUGGAUCCGCAGGGAAGAGGACCGACUCUUCAUCCUGACACCGCAGACCUACUGAUGGGUGCUGUGCCAUGCCAGCCAUGCCCAGAGCAUUCCCGGCUCCGAUCAGAACACCCCCCGCCCUCCCGAUGUGCGUGGAGGAUGGCGGGAAAGGGACACCCUUGGGAAGCAGAGCCCUCUGCCCCCCAACGCAGGGAAAGCACAUUAAUGGGGUUGUUAAAUAGCAGAUUUUAGAGACCCUAAAGCUUCCCGAGAUGCCUGGCGCUGUGACCAGGACCCAAUGGAGACCCCUGCUACUGAGGGGCCACCCCACCUGGACACGCAUUCCUCACUACAGCCUCCAGCCAGCGCUUCUACCUCACCUGCCACUUCUCAGCCUCCCCACACCGUCCUGCUUCCCUCCCCUGUUGGGACACUCCUCUUCAUUCCUGAGGUAUAUCUCUCAGUUUGGGGGGGGGGGAGGGAAUAUAUAUGGAGAUAUACCUAUCUCAUAG